AUGGUUGAAAGAGGCCCAGACCAUUGGCUGGAAAAAAUCAAGAAAUGCCAGUCUUUAACCGAGGCGGAAAUGAAGCAAUUAUGCGAAAUGGUGAAAGAAUUGCUUAUGGAAGAGUCUAAUAUACAACCUGUGCAAACACCCGUUACGGUUUGUGGCGAUAUCCAUGGCCAGUUUCACGAUCUGCUCGAGCUAUUCAGAACUUCAGGCGGCUUUCCUGACCAAAUAAAUUACAUUUUCUUGGGAGACUACGUGGAUCGCGGUUACUACAGUCUGGAAACUUUUACACUUCUGAUGUGUCUCAAGGUCAAGUACCCUUCACGUUUGACUCUGGUUCGUGGUAACCACGAAUCGCGUCAGAUCACGCAAGUAUAUGGGUUCUACGAGGAGUGUUUAAACAAGUAUGGGUCGACCACCGUCUGGAAGUAUUGUUGUCAGGUCUUCGACUUUUUGACCCUAGCAGCGAUCAUAGAUGGCAAGAUCCUCUGUGUGCAUGGUGGUCUGUCGCCAGAAAUCCGUAUGCUCGAUCAGAUACGUGUGCUUUCCAGGGCUCAGGAGGUUCCUCACGAAGGUGGGUUCUCAGAUCUGCUCUGGAGUGAUCCAGAUAAUGUCGAGGCCUGGCAAGUUUCUCCGAGAGGCGCAGGAUGGCUUUUCGGCAGCAAGGUGGCCCGCGAGUUCAACCACGUCAACGGGCUUAGUCUCAUCGCCCGAGCACAUCAACUUGUGAUGGAAGGUUUCAAAUAUCAUUUUUCCGAGAAAGACGUCGUUACCGUCUGGUCCGCACCUAACUACUGCUAUCGGUGUGGUAAUGUUGCCAGUGUCAUGAAGGUGGACGAAGACCUCGAGCCGACCUUCAAGAUUUUCUCCGCGGUGCCUGAUGACUACAUUCAGGAAUCUAGCCACACGACCCAGCGCGGAGGCUAUUUCUUGUGA